AUGCACCUUCGAUUCCAGGCCGACGCCCCCCCUUGCGCUAUCUGUCGUGGGCCUGUCGCCGAUCUAUCGGCGAUAUGCCGUCGAUUCCAGGCCGACGCUCCACCUUUCGCUAUCUGUUGUUGGGGCGCCUGCCGCCGAUCUGUCGGCGGUGCACCGUCGACUCCAGGCCGACGCUCUCCCGCCUGGGCGCAGGUGCCACCCCUCGUCGUUCCCACUCAGGCGAGCGCGGCGGCACCCGCACAGGGCGCGGCCCUGCCCGACGGCGCCGCCGCCGGCGCCGGCGCCGGCGCCGGCGCGCGGGUCUUCUCGGCGGAGGGGUCGUGCCCAGCGUCGGUCCCAGAGCUGCAGGGGGCGGUGCUGCGGUUCGUGUGCGGCUCCGCCUCGUUCGGCCCGCUGCCCGUCAGCGGCGUCGGCCUGAACGCGGCGCUGCGGCGGGAGUACAUGCGGGCGGGCCACGCCAGGGCCGCGCUGGCCAUCUUCAGGGCGGAGAACACGGUUGCCGCGCUGCGGGGCCUCCAGGAGCAGCUGGCGGCCGCGGGCUGCCGCGGGGCCCUCAAGGUCGAGGAGGCGGCGGACGGGGAGGACAUCCUCAUCGUCGACGCGGACCCUCACGGGAUCUCCCAGGCCCUCCUCGCCCCGCAGCCAGGGGAGAGCUCCAGGCGCAGGCACUCGGACGGCUCGGGGCGCAGCAAGCGCGCGCGCCGCGAGGACGGGUCGGGCGCGGGGGGCCCCCCGCAGGGCGCGGGGUGGGCGCCGGAGGUGCGGGCGGCCGGGCAGGCCGUCGGCCAGAGGCCGCCCGUGGCGCAGCUCGGCGGAAGGGCGGAGAGCGUGGACGACCUGCUGAAUGCCCGGACGGCGAGGCAGCGGCAGCUGAUGAGCCAGGGCGAGGACCUCCGGAAGCUGCUCGCGGAGCCGACGGCCAGGCAGAGCUUGGUGGCGCAGAAGUUCAUGAACAAGUCGACGUCCAUGGCGCAGUUCUGCCCGAACGGCAGCCGCUGCGACUGUCGCCAGGCCACGGGGUCGGCCGCCGCGUGCGAGAAGAUCCACUUCAAGAAGAUCAUCAAGCCGUGGACCGACGAGUCGCUCGGGGACUGCUCGUACCUGGACACCUGCCGCCACAUCGACAAGUGCAAAUACGUGCACUACGCCCUCGACCUAUCGGUGGAGCAGGCCAAGCAGCUGAACGAGUCCGGGGUGCACAACCGCGGCACCGACACGAAGCGCAUCAACGAGUUGGCGAUGAAGGGCAUGGACCUGCCAGCCCAGUGGGUGUAUUGCGACCUCAGGAGGUUCCCGCUGUCCAUCUUCAACGGGCUCGUCAGCGUUGUUAUGGCCGACCCCCCCUGGGACAUCCACAUGGAGCUGCCAUACGGCACCCUCACAGACGAGGAGGUCAAGAACCUGAAGGUCGGGGACAUCUGCGAGGACGGCCUGAUCUUCCUGUGGGUGACCGGCAGGGCCAUGGAGCUAGCACGAGAGUGCUUCCGCAUCUGGGGCUACCGCAGGAUAGAGGAGAUCAUCUGGGUGAAGACGAACCAGCUGCAGCGCAUCAUCCGCACAGGGCGUACGGGCCACUGGCUCAACCACUCGAAGGAGCACUGCCUCGUCGGGAUCAAGGGCAAUCCGAAGAUAAACAGGAACCUCGACUGCGACGUCAUCGUCAGCGAGGUGCGCGAGACGUCACGGAAGCCAGACGAGAUCUACAAUCUCAUCGAGCGGAUGAUGCCGAAUUGCCUCAAGGUAGAGCUCUUCGGCCGCCCGCACAACGUCCACGAGAACUGGAUCACCUGCGGCAACCAGCUCGACGGCGUCCGCUUGGCCAACGAGGAGAUCGUCAGGCGAUACAACCGAGAGUUCCCGCGCAACAAGAUCGAGCCCUGGAGGCGGGAGCGCGAGGCGGUGGUGCCGCUGCACAUUCCCCCUGGCGGCGGCCGCACGGGCGCCACGACUGCGGAGGGCGCCCCCUGGGUGCCGCCCGCGUCCGCGCCGCCGCGGGCCCUGGAGGCCGGCGCCGACCGCCUGGACGCC